ACUUCUUCACGUUAAUGUGCUUCCGAAUUAAGGGUGAGAAUAGAUAGCGAUUUAUCCCCUGGAGACGCCAUGCGAUUGGCAUGCUCACCGUCCCGAGUUCAGCGCCCAUCACCCCACUAGCGCUGAAGCCCGCAAGACGCGAUUGUGCUCAAAGGUAGUGAUUUAUCCCCUAGAUCCACCGAACCCAUCAAAUCCUUCGUUGAAUCUUAGUCUCGGUUUGGUAGAAAAGAUCUCUCCUUUUUUUCCUCACUUUAUGGGCAUGUUAAGAUCUUAUCUUGGUGUGAGCUCAUAAAUUUCGGAGUAGCAGAAGAGAUUUGCGCGUCUUGGCUUUCAUUCUUUUGUACGCAAGAGAGGUGCGAGCUUGGUGUGAAAGGUUGGAUCUUUUGGUGGCUUUCGUUCUCGCAGUGGUACGCCCUCAGGUUAGUGGAAGAUAUUUUUUGAUGGAGGUGGCAUGGUUGUUUCUUCUGAUGCUGGCUUGUGGAUCGAGGGUUGGGGCUGAUGGAUCGGAUCAUAGAUACAAGGAGGGGGAUCAUGUUCCUCUUUAUGCUAACAAGGUCGGACCUUUCCACAAUCCAAGUGAGACAUAUCGGUUCUAUGACUUGCCAUUCUGUUCACCAGGCCAUGUGACCGAGAAAAAGGAAGCUCUAGGAGAAGUUCUAAAUGGUGAUCGUUUGGUUGAUGCACCAUAUGAGUUGAAUUUCCGCGAGGAGAAACAGGCCAAAUCUCUUUGUAAGAGAACUUUGUCAGAAGGAGAUGUAGGCAAACUCAGAGAUGCUGUAUCAAAGGACUACUACUUUCAGAUGUACUAUGAUGAUCUGCCUUUAUGGGGAUUCUUGGGCAGGAUCGAGAAAAAUAAGCUUGACUCAAGCGAGUUCAAGUACUUGCUCUUUUUACACAUUCACUUUGAAAUCCUUUACAAUGAUGACCGUGUGAUAGUAAUUAAUGUGCAAACUGAUCCAAAUUUGUCUGUCGAUAUCACGGAUGAUAAGGAAGUUGACGUGGAGUUCUCGUAUUCCGUCUCAUGGAAGAAAACUGAGAUUCCUUUUGAGAAGAGAAUGGAGAAGUACUCAAAGACUUCGUUCAUGCCUCAUCAUUUGGAGAUUCACUGGUUCUCUAUAAUUAACUCAUGCGUGACGGUCCUCCUUUUGACUGGGUUCCUUGCUACAAUAUUCAUGCGCGUGCUCAAAAACGAUUUCGUGAAAUAUUCCCACGAUGAAGAAAACGUUGAGGACCAAGAGGAGACUGGAUGGAAGUAUAUUCAUGGCGAUGUAUUCCGAUUUCCAAAGAACAAAUCUUUGUUUUCAGCUGUUAUUGGAUCUGGAACUCAGCUCCUUGCACUUACGAUAUUCAUCUUUCUCCUUGCACUUGUUGGUGUCUUUUAUCCGUACAAUCGGGGAGCUUUAUUCACAGCACUUGUUGUAAUCUACGCUCUUACUUCUGGCAUUGCUGGUUAUACAGCAACCUCUUUCUACAUACAGCUAGAAGGGACUAACUGGGUGAGGAAUUUAUUGUUGACUGGUUGCUUAUUUUGUGGACCUCUGUUCUUGACCUUCUGCUUCCUAAACACUGUUGCUAUAGUGUAUAGUGCUACUGCAGCCUUGCCAUUUGGCACUAUACUUGUGAUUCUCCUAAUAUGGGCACUCGUGACUUCUCCUUUGCUUGUGUUGGGUAGUGUUGCUGGUAAAAACAGUACGACAGAGUUCCAAGCUCCGUGUCGUACCGCAAAGUAUCCGAGAGAAAUACCUCAAUUGCCAUGGUACCGGGGCACCAUACCUCAGAUGGUGAUGGCAGGGUUCCUUCCGUUUAGUGCUAUUUAUAUUGAACUUUACUAUAUAUUUGCCAGUGUGUGGGGCCAUAAAAUCUAUACAAUAUACAGCAUCCUUUUCAUUGUCUUUAUCAUCCUCAUUAUUGUCACAGCAUUCAUCACUGUGGCUUUGACAUACUUUCAACUUGCUGCCGAGGAUCAUGAGUGGUGGUGGAGAUCUGUUCUUUGUGGAGGCUCAACUGGCAUAUUCAUCUUGUUCUACUGCAUAUAUUACUAUCGCGCAAGAUCGGAUAUGUCGGGUUUCAUGCAAACAUCGUUUUUCUUUGGCUACAUGUCUUGUAUCUGCUAUGGAUUCUUCCUUAUGUUGGGGACCAUCGGCUUCUGUGCGUCUUUACUGUUUGUGCGGCACAUAUAUCAGUUGAUCAAGUGUGAGUAGAUCAUGUUUUGCCCCAACACAGGUCAUGAGAAACUAGAUGUUAGUGACAUCAGUCUUAUUUAGUGCGUUUCUGUAUCUUCUAUUUAUGUUUCAAGAGCUCAAUGCCUUGUCAAAGUCUGAGAGGUGAAAGCAUCAUUAUGGCUGGCUUAUGUACUAUGGAAAUUUGAUUGUUAGUGCUUGUUCAAGUUCA